AUGGCACUACUGUUCAUGGCCACUGUCGGUGGGCUGUUCUCUGCUGCACUUGGUGCGAUAAAGCUGCCCACAGCGCUGUCCGAAAAUAGUCUGAACUUACUGCAAGACGGCAUCGAUCGCAUCUGCAACGUGACGUCCCUGAGUGAGAUUUUGGUGGUUAACGAUGACUCGCCAGAGUCGGAUGGAUCCGGUCUACUACUGCCGUUCGUCAGCUGGCAUCGGCCAGUGACGAUCAUCAACUCGAGUUACACGACUCGACAGCCCGAGGGCAAGCCAUGUAUCGUGGGUUUCUUCACGUCAUCUGCCACGUCAAAGAUAGCAAGGAAGUACCUGGGGCUGUACACCAUGUGGAUAGCCGUGCUUCCGGAAGAUCUGAUCGACCAUAUGCGGAGGGCGACGGCGGAACUGCUUAAAUGCGUCAUGUACUACUACAUCUACGAUCGAACCACACUCGAGGGCGCUUGGAGUGUCGAACAGAACGGGCAACGGUUUCGGGCCUUGGAUCUAACCGGCCCGGCAGUAACGGGUGAGGGAGACCUGAUGGGACAGCAGCUGACGUUCCUGUGCGUGAGUGCCGAUCGCGACACGACGUUCGAUGUGGAAAUUGGUGAAACGAUCGCAAAGCGUCACAACGCGACCUUCCUGCUUUCCAUGAACCUGGGGCAAUGCAGCGAUUUCAUGUACAGUCCGAUGUAUGGGAGCAUCCUUGGCAAGUUGGUUGCACUCCCGGAAAUGUUCUACAUGUGCGUGCUGGUGCCGAAAAGUGCUCAGAAGUCCAUUUUCUCUACUCUGCUCGACCCGUUCGACAGCUACACCUGGUUGGCCGUCGUCCUGGUGGUUGGCUUCGUCUCGAUCGUCCUGUCAGUGUUUGGUGAAUCGUAUCGGAGACACAACUUUUUGGUGAUCGCACUCGAGCUACUGAUGAUCGCAAUCAACGGACCGACGCACACGUUCGAGGGACGCUUUGAGCUGCGCAUCGUCGGUCUGUUCAUGGUCAUGGGGAUCGUGCUGACCUCGUGCUACCAGUCGUUGGUCAUUUCGUUUAUGUCCGCUGCUCGAUUCGAUCCCAACCUGGACACGCUCGAGCAGAUCAACGACACGUGCCAGUUCCAAUGGAACCUACACCUGAGAAGUUUGGGCUUCAAGUUCAAGCACGAAUUUAACUUCUUUCGGGAGGUCGAUUCGCCUGAGUUGAUGUGGCAGGACAAAGUGUGCACCUUGGUCCCGUGCCACGAUCUGAUCAUGGAGCAGUCUUACAUUACCCGAAGCGAACUGGACGGUAUGGAGGACUUCAAUCGGUACUUCCGUUUCGCGAAAGCACGGCUACGCCCGUCGGCGGUGAUGUAUCUCGUAUUUCACGGCACACCAAUGCGGAAUCUCAUCGAACGGUAUUCGAUGGCCUUUAUCGAAGCACACCUAUACUACUAUCCCAUGCUGCGGGCGGGAAAAAAAGAAAAUGCUUUCGGGUCGGAAGGACCACACGAAGGGCCGAACGUAGUGGCGACGUCCGCCGACGAUCUCUUGAUCGUGUGGAUCAUCUACCUGUUGGGCUGUCUGCUCAGUGGGGCCUUGUUUGUCCUCGAAGUGCUCGCGGUCUGCAUUCCACGGAUGUGGAGAUUUUUCCGUGGCAAAGUUGGCAAGAAAAGCAUCUGGUAG